UCAAUUAACGAAAUGGACGAGGAAUUGGCUAAGGUGCAGGCUCAAAUCGGGCGUCUUGAGCCGCAGAUCCAAGCGGCUGGGGAAUCUUUUCUCUCUGCCUUUGAGAGUGGCAAUCAAUCUCUGGUGAAAUAUUGGCAGAAGAAGGAAGAGCAGCUGCGGAAGAAGGAAGAACAGCUGCGGAAGGAAAAAGAACAGCUGCGGAAGAAGGAACUCCUCCUCCUCCAAUGUAAUGCACCAGCGCCAGCGCCAGCAGCGGGACUUCCUCCAGCCGAUUCUUACGUGCCUGACAUGAUCGCCUGGGCCAAAAAGCUGGACGAGAACCUGACCGCAGAUUUUGCUGACGGCGGCAUUGACUGGACAAGCCAUGCGACUUUUCGGUAGCUCCAUAUUCCCGCUUUCUCUGGAACGGAUGGCAAUCAAACAUACAUGUACAUGGGUCGCUCACUCUUCAAGGAGAUAGAAAGUUUCAUAUCGGCCUUGAGACACGGCGCUUCGGAUAAUGACAACAAACCUCCAGGUAUUAUUAUUGGAA